AUGGUCAACGGCAAUUACGUGUUGUAUGGAGACAGACCGUCUUCUGAAUCAGAAACAGUGGACGAUCACGUGCAAACACGCACAGCCGAAAGGAAAACUAAACGUAAAUCAAAUCGAUCAUCAAAAGAUUCACAUAACCAUAAAACAGCCGAACUAGACAAUGAAACCGAUGCUGUGAAGUACGAAAAGAAAAUAAAAGAACCACGUCUUCUCCGCUAUGUUCCAACUACGGACAUAGAAGAAAACUACAUAACUGAAAAGUUCGAGACGUAUGAUUUAAAACCAACUGAAGAUCUUCCAAGGCGACACGCUUUUAUGAAGAAGCCUAAAAAUCCAGCCGAUGGGUCUGUAAACUACGCGUAUUCCCGAUCAAGCAGCAGCUGCAGUUCACCUAAUUUGCCAACGAUAUCUGAACAUGGAGAACAGUAUGGUACAUAUCGAGUGAGAUCUUCACUGACGCCGCCUAUCAGCAAUCCGAUUACGGGUUACGAGACAAAAUUGGACAAGUAUUUCGCAAAACCAAGGGAAGUGAAGACAUUCGCAGCUAAGGGUUCUCACCCAGACAGCCUGUACCGGGUACCAUCAGACAGUGCUAAUGGUGCGGACAAAUUUAUGCGUGGUGUACGUUUUCUGCGAUGGCCCCUAGCGCUCUUCACUGUCUGCGUGGCGCUCGCUGUCUUCGUCUACUUCCUAAUGCCUGCAAACAUGAAUGCAGAAUCGGAUAGAGUCAACGCUACGUUCUGGGAGGAGGGCAUCUCACAAGCGCAAUCACAUACUGACAAGAACCACAUAAAACACGAACUUAACAAAGGAACAGAAAAGUCACGGUCUCGUGGUACUAAGACACCGGAAAUCGACUUUUAUGAUCCUGAUAACGGCCAGAACAAUGACUUAACUACAUUAAUAGAUAUAAUAACAGAACGAAGUCAGAAAAGAAAACUUCCAAUACCUCCAGUUUUUCCUACACACAUAUCUCCAGAAGUACAAUAUGGAAACGACAGGGUCGACACGGACAAAACUCGAACCCCUAAGAUACUAAAAGAUGCAACCACUGUAUCCAGCGAUUCAACUAUAAAACCACAUAUCACCCAAAAACCAGAAAAACCACUCGCUGUUUAUUUUAAAGACGGCGAUGGAGUAACUACAACAAGUGCGAAUGCUGUACCCACGGCAGAAAAUAUUGCAAACGCGGAAACUUCAAACGAUAUUACCGCUUACGUCAAACAACAAUCAAAGAAAAAUGGAUCACCUGAAAUUCAAAUUAAUGAAGUUCCCUCAUCUACAAUUUCAUCUUUGCACGAUUCUGAUAAGGCAAUGUAUGCAAAACAGAAUAACAAUGCAGAACCAAAACUUCCACCAGAGCUUCAAGAGUUUUAUGACCGCCCUGUCAUCGACAGCAAUGGCAAAUUCACAUCAGGUCACUCAAAACUUUUUGGUAUUUCUAUAGAGGACGCAGAAAAUAUGAAAUCAACUACCCAAAACUCCGUAUAUAACACCAGAGUAUCUCCGACAUUGCCAACUUGGCGUAAUAGAGAUGACUCCACCACAAAAAAGUAUCCAAUUAGUGGCUACUACGAGGUUCCUCAAUGUCGUUCUACUGGUCUUUCUCUAUGUCGUGGAGUCCUACCCUACGACUUGGCGACUGGCCCUGCAUCCGUCGGUGAUGUCGAUGUUACUACCCUGAUUCCUCAAAUAGAAUACCUUGUAAACACAAAUUGCAGCCAACGUGUCCGACACUUUACCUGUGCACUGCUAGAGCCUGAAUGUAGCCCGCCUCCGUAUUCUCAAAAAUUGCCGUGCUACAAUUUUUGCAAAGCAAUUGUUGAUCACUGCGAGAGCUUCAUACCUAGGGAGUUGCAAGCGAUGUUUUCGUGCAAUCAAUAUCCCAGUAAUAACUGUGCUAGUGCACGAUCACCAUGCUAUUCACGUGAGCUUGCGUGUGGAGAUGGUACAUGCGUGCCCCGGGACUGGAUCUGCGAUGGUACCAGAGACUGUAUAGGAGGAGAAGAUGAAGCUCCUUGUUCCAAGUGCGAAGACAAUGAAUACCGUUGCAGUUCUGGAAUGUGUAUCACUACACGUUGGCUGUGUGAUGGCUACGCUGACUGUCCUAGUGGUGAAGAUGAGCAUAAGGAAUUGUGUCAGGGGCGCAGACUUGUGAACUUCCAGAGAGAGGAAGACAUUGAUGAGCCAGGCGAGGAAUCAGCUGGUUCAGCGCCCGCACUUUCCGUCCGCAAGCCUAAUAGACUGCCUUUUGUUUACGACAGAAUUAAUGGAAAUCGAAAUGGUGAAAACGACAAUAGCAAGGAGCUUUUGAUGACCAGUGAUAGCAAUAAUGCCUUCAGGCGCAACUUCACUCGUCGGCCUUCCCCAUCACGUCUAACACCAUACAAGCGCCCCAGACCUCUUGAAAUUAAACCUGAUGCCGAUGAAUUACUUGCAGUACAGGAAAAGUUUAAAUCUUCAAUAGUCACACAGUCAAGGAAACCUCAGAACGUAACAAAAAUUGUCAGCCCUAAACAAAAAGAAGAAAAUCAAGAUUCAACAGAAGAUAUCAAUCUUGACGAUUUAGAGUUAUUCGAAGAUAUCGAAAAAGUAAAACCUAGAGAAAACGAAAAAAGUGAAAAGAUGGAGAAAAGUGAAAAUAUGGAAAAUAAACAUGUUCCAAGACAAAAUGUACGGAAGCAAAUGAAUCGUGGGAAACCAAUGGAUGGACAUAAUAGUCCCGCACCGAUUCGUACGGAUAAAAUGGGAGAUAAGCUAGAACGAGUAAUCGAUGGAGCUUCCAUGUUGAGAAAAGCGGCCCAGGCUCAGCGUGAAGAAAUCCUGGAUUCACCCGAAACUAACAUCAGUAUGGCUGACAAGACAGAAGAACUAUCUCUCAGCGGAUAUAACAGUGCGCACGCAUCACCUUGCCCCAGCGGAGAACUGCGAUGCGUUGACGGCCGAUGUAUAACAUUGGAUCAACUCUGCGAUGGAACUAUAGACUGCUCAGACCAUGCUGAUGAAGACAACUGCUAUACAUAAUAUACACAAAUCAUCUUUAUUAUAAGCUGCUCAAACUCUGUAUAGAUCUUAUCUUAGACCAGCAGGGUUUAGUUGUUGUUGUUCUUUUUUCAAGUUUCUUCUGUUGAAAAUUAAGUAAAGACAGAAAAAGCCAACCUUUCCUUUGAUCCUAACUUCACGCCUUGAUAAUAAUGCAGGUUUCAAUGAUAAAUAUUUUUUUAUCAAGAUUUUCCUCUGUAUUGCGGCAGCUUCUGUCAAAUAAGAUUGUCUGUAAGAGAUUGCUUGCACCAUUAAGGCCACCUUUGUAAUUCCCUUGCAACAAUUUUUAGUAUUUUUUCUUCUUUUAAAACUGGAAAGUUAAAGUAAAAGAAGCGGAAUAUCACAGGUAAAACAUAGUUUAGUUUAGUUAAGUUACCUAGUAACAAUAUGAUAUCGAAUUAUUGUAACUUACUUCUUAGAUUUAUU